UGGGUGCCGGCAACCUGGGAGCAUGAUGAUGGGCAGCAACUCCUCAGCGAGCCACGGCAAGUCUCCCCUGGCCGCCGCUUCGGGUGGCUUCCAGAGGUUCCCAGGACCAACGCAGCAGCAGCACCCCUCGGGGGCCACGCCGACACUCAACCAACUGCUGACGUCCCCGAGCCCCAUGAUGCGGGGCUACGGCGGGGCAUAUCAUGACUACAGCGGCUCCGCGGCGCAACAGCAGGCCGGCAUGAGCCUGGGGAAAGACGCGGGGCCCCAGUAUGGAAGCAGCUCGGCCCACGGCUGGGGAGGGCAGCAAAGAAACCACCCGCAUGCCAUGAGUCCAGGCAACGGAGAGCAAGGCCUCGGCAGGACACAGGUGUCCUCCAUGGACUUCAUGGCUAUGAAGCGCUCGCAGCUCUACAGCAUGGCCAACAACCCGUACUCCUCUCCACAGCAGCCGGGAGGAGGCGGGCCUUACCCUCCGAGCCAGCCAUACACAUCACCUCCUCCGCACAGAUAUCCAAUGAGCAUGCAAGGGAGGGGCCAAAUGGGCAUGCAAGGGAUGCAGUAUCCUCAACAGCAGCAGGUGGCGCCAUAUGGCCAGCAGGGGAUGGGGGGCUACAGCCAGCAGCAGCAGCAGGCAGGGCAGCAGGGAACCCCUCCGUACUUCAGCCCCCCUCAGCAGACCCCUCCAGGCCAAACCCAGAGCCCUUACCUGCAGCCUCGACCCCCACCACAACAGGAGGCCCAGCAGGAGACGUACGUAACCAGGGGUCCGGCCCCAGGGAAUUCUGGGAAGGCCAACAAUGAGGACGGCAUCUCCCAAGACCGCCCGUCCAGUCUGCCGGAUCUGUCCGGUUCGAUUGAUGACCUCCCCACCGGGACGGAGGCCGGUCUGGGCUCAGCCGUCAGCGUCGCCGGCUCCUCCUCCAGCAGCAGCAGCAGCAGCAGCCAGGGGGAGCAGGGAGGGGCCGGCAACCAGGGACAGUCCCCCUUCUCCCCUCACGCCUCCCCCCACCUCCCCAGCCAGAGGAGCGGGCCCUCUCCCUCCCCUGUGGGCUCACCCGCAGGCUCCACUCAGUCCCAGCAGUCGCGAUCCGGCUCUGGACCCAUCUCUCCUGCCAGUGGACCCUCGGCCAACACCACCGCACCAGGUUCUGCGAUGGCCCCACUGAGCUCUGGGAACGGACCAGAAGGAGCCCACCCGCCAAUCACCCGCUCACCUAUGGCUCAGGAGAAAGGGUUCAUGUCCAACAUGCAGAGAAACCAGGGUAGCUCUCAAUUUGCCUCUCCUCAAUCCGGAUCUUCGAUGUCCCCCCACCCGUCACCUGGGGGCCCAUUGUAUUCUGUGGUGGGACCCUACUCCCAGAGUGGCCCUCCAGGCCCGUACGGACCUCAAGGAUCCCAGUAUGGACACCAAGGUAACUACCCCCGGCCCUCCAACUAUGGUGGUCCUGCCAGCACCAGCUACAGUGGCCCUGGCCCUGGCAUGACCAACAGUCUGGGGAUGAAUGCAAGCAGCCCCAUGCACGGCCAGGGGCCCGGCCAGCCCAUACCUGGGGGUCGCAGCAGCCACGGCCCGGGCAGCCAGAACAGGGUGUACCCGCCCAUGGCUCCCAGCUCCCCCAGCAUGCCCCAGCCAGCUGGGCACGGGAUGGGCCCUCCUUCUUUGGGUAAUUCUAACCGCAAGGCCCAGGAGGCAGCAGCAGCUGCCAUGCCGGGAUCUGCCAACUCCACACACAACAGGCAGGGCAGCCAUCAAGGCCCUGGCAUCAGCCAGGCGAGCACCACGGCUGCCACUGUCCCCAACAGCCAGCCAACGGGGAACAACAGCUCAGCCAUGGGCAACGCACAAGGUCCAGCCUACAAUAUGCCGCCUUCAGGAGCCAUGGGGGUGAUGAGCCCAGAUGGGAAAUCAAAGACGGACAUCAAAGACGACAGCGGCCCGGCCAACGAGCCUCACAAGCCAAAGCUCCAAGACGGCUACAGCAGCAACAACAACAACAACAACAGCAGCAGCAGCAGCAGCUCCCAGCAGUGCGUGUCCCAGCCGGCCACGCCAGGCAGCGCCCUGCCCGUGCCCUCCCCCCUCUCGCCCAGCCCAGCCAGCCUGUCCUCGUACCAUGGAGACGACAGCGACAGCAUCAGCAGCCCCCCCUGGCCCCUCAAGACCCCCUCCAGUCCUAAAGCCAACCCAAACUCCUCCUCCCUCAGUGGGGAGCGAAUCACACGCCUACUUGAGCUGGGUGUGGAGCCUGAGAGGCGGGGCUGGGUGGAGCGAUACCUGACCUUCAUGGAGGAAAGGGGCACGCCUGUUACCCAGCUUCCCACUGUGGGCAAGAAGCCGCUGGACCUCUGGAAGCUCUACGUAGCUGUGCGGGAGAUAGGAGGCCUCGCCAUGGUAAACAAGAAUAAGAAGUGGCGCGAGCUGUCCACCACCCUGAACGUGGGUACAUCCAGCACCUCCGCCAGCUCGCUCAAGAAGCAGUACAUCCAGUAUCUGUUUGCCUGCGAGUGUAAGAUGGAGAGGGGAGAAGAUGCGCCUGCAGACAGCAGCAGCAGCGGCAGCAGCAGCGUGGCCGGAGGGGACGGCAGGAAGCAGGUCAAGAUCCAGCCGCCCUCACCUGCUCAUUCAGGCGGCUCCCUCCAAGGCCCUCAGACGCCCCUGUCCUCUGGCGGCAGCUCGACAGCAGAGGCAGCGGGUGAUCUGAAACCCCCCACACCUGCCACCACGCCCUUGGGACAGGUCACACCCCUGCCCCCCAACAGGAGCAAUGUGAGCGUACAGGACCCAUUCUCGGAGGUGAGUGACCCGGCCUUCCAGAAGCGUGCGGCCUCCCAGCCCCCCUCAGCUCCUUACCAGCAGGGCCUCAGCAUGCCUGACAUGAUGAUGAGGAUGCAGUACGACUCCAAGGACCCCUUCGCCGGGAUGAGGAAGAUGGCAGGAGCUGAUCCGUACAUACCGGGCCAGAUGCCCAGUGGUGGCAUGCAGGACAUGUAUGGUCGACCGCCGUCAGCCUUGAGCAUGAGCCAGCGGCCGCAGUAUCCAUAUGGACCGGGCUAUGACAGGAGACCGGACCAUGUCAUGGGGAUGGAGGGCAACAUGGGUCCCCCUGGGAGUCAGAACAACAUGGGACCCUCGAACAGUGAGGGCAGCAUGUACUCUCCCAGUAGAUACCCUUCACAGCAGAGACACGACGGCUACAGUCAGCAGUAUCCCAACAUGCCAUAUGGGAUGCAUCCAUCUGGGAUGUACCCUCAGCAACAGCAGGGCUACAAACGGCCCAUGGACGGCAUGUACGGCCCCCCACCCAAGAGACACGAAGGCGACAUGUACGCCAUGCAGUACGCCAACCAGCAGCCGGACAUGUACAACCACUACGGGGGCGGGUACUCGGGCCCCGAGCACAGACCCAUCCAGGGACAGUUCCCCUACCCCUACCCCCGCGACCGCAUGGGCCCCUCAGGUCAGAGCCAGCACAGUAUGAUGGGUGGGGGGCCCACUCCUAAUCAUGCCGCCGAUGGCCCCAACAUGUGGCCGUCCAGGACUGAGCUUGGCUACCCCUACCCCAACCGACAGGGGCCGCCAUCACAGGUGCCUCCUUACGGCUCAAUGGGCAGAGACGACAUGGACGGACGUCCGGGGCCGGAGCAGUGGCACCGUCAGUCUCCCUACAUGUCUUCAUCGGGGGGGAUGCCUCCCCUGUCCUCACGCCAGCCAUCUCCUUACUCCAACUCUCCAUCCAUGGCCAACCACCUGUCCAGAGCCCUCAGCCCAGGAGCCUUCCAGCGCUCCAUGGACUCCAGGAUGUCACCCAAAGCCCUGUUCAUGUCGCCCAUGAAGAUGCCGAAGCCUGGGAUGACCAUGAUGGGCUCACAGGGAGGCGGAUCCUUUGGUCACUUUCCUCCCAACCUGAGGCGGGACUUCAACUACCCACCAGGAUCAGUGGAGGCCACCAUGCCGAUUCUUAAGCCCAGGCGCAAGCUCACCUCCAAGGACACUGGAACGCCUGAGGCCUGGCGCGUGAUGAUGUCUCUGAAGUGCGGCCUGCUGGCAGAAAGCACCUGGGCCCUAGACACCAUCAAUAUCCUGCUGUACGAUGACAGCACUGUGGGCUCCUUCACCCUCUCGCAGUUGCCAGGAUUCCUCGAGCUGAUUGUGGAGUACUUCCGCCGGUACCUGAUUGAGAUCUUUGGCAUCCUGGAAGAGUUUGAGGUGGGGACAGUGGCCCAGAAAAGCCUUUUAGACCCCGCCGGUAAACAGAAAGAAGAAGUCAUCCCCGACCAGGAAACGGACUCUAGCGGCCAUCCUGAACCUGAGUCCGCUCCGGCAGAGGAGAUGCAGGUGGAGCCAGCAGGAGGCCUCGUGGAGGAGGCUCAGCCAGCCACUGCUGCAGAGCCACAGUCAGCUGAGGCCAGCAGUGAGAAGGAGAAGUCUCAAGAGAUGAGUAUAAAGAAGGAGGACACAAAUGACGAGGACCGAGAGAAAGACGGAACAGAAGAAGAGAGUGAAAAAGGAGCAGAGAACAAAAAGGAGAGUGUUGAGCAGCCGGUCGCAGAGCUAAAGCCCAAACUCCAGCAAGCCAGUAAAUACGAUAAGCUCCCCAUCCAGAUUGUCCACAAAGAGGACAUGUUGGAAGACAUGACAGAGCACUUGGGUUACGUCACUGAGUUCACGAGCGGGUUGCUCCACUGGCAGGCGGGCGGAGGCAACUCCACCGCACACAUUCAAACACAAUUUGAACCCCGCGGCGCACCGCCUCCCAGGGCGGAGGAGGGCAAGGCGGGAAAGGAAAACGCCGAGGAGAACGCGGUGGUGGAGGAUGGGAGGAAACACCCGCUGAGACAUAUCACCGCCACGAUAGACGAUGUCCUGUGUGCUCGGGUCGGCGCCCUUUCUUACGCCUACCCUGCGCGCUCCUUGCCAUCCUACCCCUUCAGGGCGCAUCCCGACGGGGAGCAGGACCACAUCACCUUGCUGGAGGACGAGCCUCGCUGCCUGGACGAGGCGGCGCUCUCCACCUCCUCCGCCUGGCAGGACGAGCUGGCCAAGCGCUGCCUGUGCAUCUCCAACAUCGUCCGCAGCCUGUCCUUUAUCCCCGGAAACGACUCGGACAUGUCCCGCCACCCUGCCCUGGUUCUCCUUCUGGGCCGGCUGCUCCUGCUGCACCACCAGCACCCGGAGAGGAACCGGUCGCCCCCCGGCUACCAGAGGGACGAGCAGAAGGAGCGGGGGCUGUCGAGCAGCACAGAGGAGUGGCGGUGGGAGUGUCUGAGUCAGCUCCGGGAGAACGCCAUGGUCAGUCUGGCCAACAUCUCGGGUCAGCUGGAUCUCUCCACCUACCCAGACACUAUCUGCCUCCCCGUCUUGGAUGGCCUUCUCCACUGGAUGGUGUGCCCUUCAGCUGAAGCCCAGGACCCGUUCCCAUCAGCAGCACCCCACUCCCAGCUCACUCCCCAGAGGCUGGCGCUGGAGGCGCUCUGCAAGCUGAGCAUCCAGGGCGGCAACGUGGACCUCCUGCUCGCUACGCCGCCUUUCAGCCGACAGGAGAAGCUUUUCACCAUCUUGGUCCGCUACGUGGGCCAGAGGAAGGCCCAGGUGUACAGAGAGAUGGCCGUGGCCGUGCUCUCCCACCUGGCACAAGGAGACCCCACGGCAGCGCGGGCCAUCGCCGUGCAGAAGGGCAGCGUGGGGCAUUUGGUCGGCUUCUUGGACGAUGGUGUGAGCAUGGCGCAGUACCAGCAGAACCCUCACAGCUUGCUGCACAUGGGGCACCCCCCCAUGGACCCACCCAGCAUAAACAUGAUGUGCAGAGCCGCUAAAGGCCUGUUGGCGAUGGCCCAAGUGGAGGAGAACAAGUCAGAGUUUGUGUUGUACGAAAGCCGAUUAUUAGACAUCUCCAUUUCCUCUGUGCUCAACGCGGGGGUGGUGGCUAUUAUUUGCCAAGUUCUCUUUCACCUGGGGAAAUUAUGACAAGAGGAGAGGCGGGACUCACACAGCAGAGGCUAAGGCAAACAAGACGCUUCUGUGGUUUCCUAUUUUUAUUUAUCAAAAUGACAGAAAAUGUUUGUUUUUUUAAAGACAUAUCCACAAAAUAUCUCUAUAUAUGUACAGCUUCUGGGCCCUGUUAAAAAAAAGUGGGUUUGGCAUUUGAAAGCUCAUUUUAAUACAAAUAUUUAAUACCUGCUGGUGUUGGAUUGCUGAUUUUGUUUGGCAUUUGUUUUUGUUUGUUUACUUUUUCAGCCAAAGCUGCCACCAGACGUUGGUGCUGAAUUACGUGGUUCCUUUUGAGAUGUUUUUCAGUUUUAUAAAACGCUAAUAUACUCAUCAACAUUUUGUUAAUGGAGAGUAUUUAUUUAAAAUGUGACUCUGUACAGUAGUUUGAACUUUUUUGCCAACAGUUGUGGGGGGGAAAAAACACUGACUUUUCAAAUUGAAAUGUAUAUGUCUCCAUCGCUGGAAGAUAAAUUGUGCAAUAGGACUCUAGAGCAAGUUGUCCCUUUCAGAGAACAAGAAUAAUCUUAAAAGAUACCUGCAGUGUGUGCUUUAGGCCAGGAGAGGGCAGCAUUGCACCAGCCAAUCAACACGAGAGAAGAGCGUCUGUUAAAAUAAGUGUCUAAUUUAUCAUAUCCUCAAUGACUUUCACAGAUGAACUUUGUGUGUCCUAAGCACUUGUGUUAUGUCUGUAUUUUUUCAUCACUGUGUAUAUAAACCGUUGUACAAUGGACGCACACGAUUCUUUCAGUCUCAAUCAAGCAUAGCAAGAGAUGGGACUAUUUCCGACUAUUAUAACAAAUGCUUUUAUUGUUGGUAAAAUUUGUUAUUGUUAUUAUACAUAUUUUGUUAAUGGGGUCAACUAUUUGAACAUGGCAGAUGUAACUGGUGUUUCAAUGUUUAAAAAAAUCCUGUAUGCAUUGUAUUAUAGCUGAGAAAACAAUCGCUUUGGUAAUCAAACGUGAAAGUGCCAGAGUGAGAGGAGACCUGGGCGAGGUUGUGGGAGGAAACCGAACACAUUUCUGUUGGUCACUGUCCUCCAUUCAUGUCAACGGGCAUAUUUUUUAAUCUAGAUGAUGCUCUAAAAAGAAACGUGUGAAAAGAACCUUCAAAAUGUCAUGAAAGCUCAUUGUAAAAUUUGCCUUUUUUCGUAUGACUCCAUGUCUCUCUUUUAUUCAGUAUACACAUUUAUACUCUGUGCUGCACAUGUCACGAAUAAAUGUAUGAUGAACAUCAUUACGCACCGGAGACGUUGCAUUAUGUCCAGACAAUCUUAGGCCAAUAAAACAAACAUCAACUGCUGACAU